AUGUAAAAUAAAUACAUACCAAUUACAAAAAAUAUACCUAAAACAAUUUUGAACAGAAGGUUUAAAAAACUAUAGGAAUUGAUUGAAAAAGAGGAAUACUUCAGCGAAGAGUAAAUUAGAAUGAGAGAUGUACUUUAAUUUACAAUUUUAGAUUUUAGCCAUUAUUAUAUUUUAUCUAUGUCGGACAGUACAUUCGUAAUUAGAAUAAAAGGCCAGAAGGUAAUAUCGUUUUAUCAGAAAUAUUGAUCGAUCAAAUUUAGAAAUAAGAAUACGAAAUUCAUUUAUAAGAAAUGUAUGAUAAAUUAGGUCCAAAUCAUGAUUAUCCAAGUAUUUUUACUUGAAACACAUUAGAUUUAAUGAUUGAGGCUAGAAUAAAGGAUACAGACUUAGAGGAUCAGGAAGACAUAUUAAUAAGAUUGAUGCAUGAUAGAUUCAUCAAUGGAUUAGACAAAGAUUUCAUUGAUUAUGAAUAGAUUGAUUAAAAUGAGUACUUUUAAACCUAAUUGUAGAGAUUAUGAUGAUUAAAAAUAGAUGAAUUUAGAUAUGGAGGAGGAAUAUUUUGAAAAUCAAAAUGCAGAUGUAAGAGAAGAAGAAGUGAAAUAGUCAGAAUAUACAGGAAUUCAGGAUUAUUGA